CUGAACGAUUCUAAAAAUUUGUCUAUACUCGUGUGUAGAACAAUUAAUUUUAUGAAAAAAUUGAAGCUCAUAAAUAGUGCAAAAUAUAUAGCGAAGUGGUUUUUUUGACGAAUUUUUUCUACCAAUUCCAAAGUUCCAACUAAUUGUUCUCAGAUUUUUCCUCGUAAUUUACUGAUGAGGCGUGAUUUUUUUCUAAUUUAAUAAUCAUAUUCGAUGCGAUGUCUUCAGCUGAAUAUCCAGAUCAAAUGACGUAAAAUAAAGCUGGUAGUUAACGAUGAAUGAUAAUUAGAAAAUAAGCUAGUCACCCAGAGCACAAUGACUCACCGAAGCGGACCGAAGCGAGGAGCAGCUGACACAGGCAAGCCUCCUGCUCGCAGGUCCGGCAGAUUUUCAUCAGACAAAAGGGGGACUAAAGUAAUGGGCAAGCCACUUGGUAAGGAUGAACCAGCUGGCAAGAGCCAAUUUAACGAAAACCGAGGUUUCCAUGGACGGAAAUGGUUUGGAAGGGCCAAAUAUGCUUGGAGGUGGCUCAAGUUGAACUGGACGCAAGUGGUGCUUCUAGGCACUCCUACCGUCUUUGCACUUCUGCCCCUUAUCGGCAGAACUAAAGAGGCAAAAUGCGCGUACGUCAUCAUUGUGAUGGCAGUGUACUGGAUGACGGACGUGGUGCCGAUGCCAGUGACUGCUCUUAUUCCGGUUUUUGGUUACCCAUUACUGGACAUCUUAUCAACCGCAGAGGUGUGUCAGCAGUACCUUACAGGCACCAUCAUGAUGUUUCUUGGAGGCAUCAUAGUUGCAGUGGCUGUAGAGCACUCAAAUCUGCAUAAAAGGAUUGCUCUCUACGUCAUCCUAAAAGUCGGUCAAAGCCCGAGACGAUUGAUGGUGGGCUUCAUGGCAACAUCGGCGUUUCUGUCCAUCUGGAUAUCCAACACCGCAACCACGGCCAUGAUGGUGCCCAUCGUGCACGCACUCCUGCAGACCCUAUUCAAGGAACGGAAAGCGGCAGGUCAGUCGGGACAAGCUGAACCAACUACGGUGGUCACCAUAGAAGAGGCAACCGACGCAGAUCUCAACAACCACGUCUACGACAACAAAGCUAUGCUUCAGGAUGAAAAAAUGCAAGAUGGUAACAUGGUUCAAAUUCACUCUCCUGGCAGUGGUCACAAUGUAACAAAUAACGAUGAAGAAAUAAUCCAAUUGGAGAGUAUAGAGAAUUCUACGCAAAAUUCAACGCCUGCCAAUAAUGACCUGCAAAUCCCAAAAGUGACUGAUGUCAAAGCACCAAAUGAUCGCUUAUCUAAAAGCACAUCGUCUGUGUGCGAAACAACUUCUGAAAGUUCGCUGCCAGAUGCUGCCUCAUUGAAGCAACCAAAAUAUGCCGAUAAAAAGAAUACCGAAACGGUGUCGGUCAAUUCGGCUAAGAUUCCGAAAGAAAUCACAGCUGUGUCAGAGGGAGAAACGUCAGGCCAGAUGGCCGCCAUGUUCAUGUUGGGCACCGCCUACGCUGCCAACCUCGGCGGCACAGCCUUCCCAACGGGCACAGGCCCCAAUCUUAUCCUGUGGGGCUUCUUGGAGAGUUCAUUCACCGAGCCCACUUCUAUCAACUUUGGCUCGUGGAUGGCUUUCAACAUGCCGGUGAUGCUGGUGUGCGAGGUGCUUGCAUUCCUCACACUGGACGCCAUGUUCGUUGGAUGGGGGAGAUGGCGCAAGAUGCCUCCUUCUAGUGUCGAAAAGGAGCUCUCGAUUAAAAAAGUGGUGCUCCGAACAUACAACUCCUUAGGACCCAUUAGCUUCCACGAGGUUAUGGUCUUCACCCUCUUCUUGGCUCUGGUCUUCCUCUGGGUCUUUCGAAGCCCUGGCUUCACUGCAGGCUGGGCAGAUGCCAUGAAAAAUGAAGCAAACAUCGGCAACGCUACUCCUGCCAUCCUUAUCGUCUUCCUGAUGUUUAUUAUUCCCGCAAAGCCUAAAAUUUGGCCAUUUUAUGACGCUACGAAUGAGGAAAAGAAUGGAAAAGUUCAGGAACCUGAAGCCUGCCUGACUUGGGAAGCAGUGGAGACUCACGUUCCAUGGGGAUUAAUAAUAUUGAUGGGGGGUGGAUUUGCUAUGGCCGAAGGAGCAGCCAAGUCUGGGCUAUCUGUUUGGAUAGGACAUCAACUGCAGUAUUUUGCUGUGCUACCUCACUCCGUUAUCGUCGUUCUCAUCGUCACUUUUGCGGCCUUCCUGACGGAGGUGGUAUCGAAUAUGACCACCGCGAAUAUUUUCUUACCUGUUGUUCGAGACCUGGCUCUGGGUAUCGGGAUGAACCCAAUAUUCCUGAUGUUGCCCGUGACGAUCUGUUGUUCAUACGCCCUCAUGAUGCCGGUGUCCAACCCACCCAACGCCAUAGCUUUCAAUGCCUGCGACUCUAUGACCACCAAGGACAUGAUGAAAGCUGGACUCAUCGUGAAGUUAUUGUGUUUGACGGUCCUACUUGUGGCCCUGGUCACUCUGGGCGACGUGUUGUUUGACCUUCAUCAGAUGCCAAGUUGGGCCUUAGCAACCACUACCAAAUGAGGAUUGAUUUUCCCCGUAACUUUCUUCAAGCCAUUGACAAGAAAUGGAUUGAUACUUAACGAUGGGCGGAUGAGUUUGGUUAAUUAGUUCAGAACUCUAGUUCAGAGUGCCUACUCAUACGAUUCCAAUUUGUUCACGAUUAAAUAUGUGACGUUAA